AUGGGGAAAGCAGGACCCACACUCCAAAAAACCAGCAGCCCACACAUUUUUAGCUGCAGCAGCUUUCCACUGCUGUCGCCCAUACGAUGCCGCCCAGAGGCUGCCAGAGGCAACACACCCGAGCUGCCACACGCGAACGCCGCCCACCAGAAGCCGGACAGUCAUAUUUCAGCUCUCCAGAAGCCGCUCGGUCGGUCCACCGCCCCUCCGAAGUCGCUCAUUCUUGCCGCAACCACGCAGAAGCCACCCAGUUAA